UUGCCGGGCAGAACAGGACGCCGCGCGGCCAUGGCCGCCGACAUGGAGCCGCUGCUCCUGGCCUGGAGCUAUUUCAGGCGCAGGAAGUUCCAGCUCUGCGUCGAUCUGUGCACGCAGAUGCUGGAGAAGGCCCCUUUUGACCAGGCUGCUUGGAUUCUGAAAGCACGAGCACUGACAGAAAUGGUUUAUGUCGACGAGAUUGACGUUGUGCAGGAAGGGAUUGCGGAAAUGAUGCUGGAUGAGAACGCCAUCGCUCAAGUCCCGCGCCCUGGAACAUCUCUGAAACUCCCUGGAUGUAAUCCGACAGGAGGGCCGAGUCCAGCUGUCAGGCCCGUCACUCAAGCUGGAAGGCCCGUUACAGGUUUCCUGAGGCCCAGCACACAAAGUGGCAGGCCAGGCACCAUGGAGCAAGCCCUCAAGACACCCAGGACCACCUACACAGCCCGGCCCAUCACCAGCUCAUCUGGGAGAUUCAUGCGGCUGGGCACAGCUUCUAUGCUUACAAGUCCUGACGGACCUUUCAUCCAUUUAUCUAGACUGAAUUUAACAAAAUAUUCCCAGAAACCUAAAUUGGCAAAGGCUUUGUUUGAGUAUAUCUUUCAUCAUGAAAAUGAUAUAAAGACUGCGUUGGACCUGGCCGCCCUAUCUACAGAGCAUUCUCAGUACAAGGACUGGUGGUGGAAAGUGCAGAUUGGAAAAUGUUACUACAGGUUAGGCAUGUAUCGGGAAGCAGAGAAGCAGUUCCUUUCGGCCCUGAAGCAGCAGGAAAUGGUAGACACCUUUCACUACUUAGCCAAAGUCUACAUCUCAUUGGAUCAGCCUGUGACUGCCUUAAACCUUUUCAAACAAGGCCUAGAUAAGUUUCCAGGAGAAGUGACUCUACUUUGUGGAAUUGCCAGAAUCUACGAGGAGAUGAACAAUAGUUCUGUGGCAGCUGACUACUACAAGCAGGUUCUGAAACAAGACAACACUCAUGUGGAGGCCAUCGCCUGCAUCGGAAACAACCACUUCUACUCUGAUCAGCCAGAAGUAGCACUUCGCUUUUACAGGCGACUCCUGCAGAUGGGUGUUUAUAACUGCCAGCUCUUUAACAAUCUGGGCCUCUGCUGCUUCUAUGCCCAGCAGCAUGACAUGACUCUGACCUCGUUUGAACGUGCCCUUGCUCUGGCGGCCAACGAAGAGGAAACGGCUGAUGUCUGGUACAACUUGGGGCAUAUAGCUGUGGGCAUCGGAGACACGAGUCUGGCCCACCAGUGCUUCCGGCUGGCCCUGGUGAACAACAACAACCACGCUGAGGCCUACAACAACCUGGCGGUGCUGGAGAUGCGCAAGGGCCACAUCGAGCAGGCCAGGGCUCUCCUGCAAACAGCCUCUUCUCUCGCUCCACACCUGUAUGAGCCGCAUUUUAAUUUUGCGACUGUGUCUGAUAAGAUCGGAGAUCUACAGAGAAGCUAUGUUGCUGCUCAGAAGUCUAAAGAAGCAUUUCCAGAUCAUGUGGACACACAGCAUUUAAUCAAACAGCUAAAGCAGCACUUUGCAAUGCUUUGAUUGUUCCUCAGAGCAAAUCAUUUCAGCAAACAGGCACUAUGCAAGGGGAAAACUGUGUGUGUGUGGUGUGUGUGUGUGUGUGUGUGUGUGUGUGUGUGUGUGUCACACGGGCCUGGGCUGGAUGUCAGUGCAGAAGCCAGAGGGAGUUUGAGAACGUUUAGGAAAACUGCAGCAGAUUGACUUUAUGAUAGUCUCCAAGUCAGGAUCUCAGCGCUUAUAUAGAUCAUGAAACCUCCCACACUGUAUGGUAAAUGUCUUUUUAUAAUGUUUACAAAGCAUUUUCUUAAAUUUCCUCUCCUUUUAUGCAUUAAUGUGUCUAGGGUGGCCAUUAGCCAUCCUGGAAUUGAAAAAAAGUCUUUAUAAUUCCACCUUUUCUUUUUUGCUAAAACUGCAUAUAUUUAUCCUAAGCAGAGACUUUAUGUGGAGCUUAAAAUUCAUUGAAAAUUCUAUUUUUUAGUCAAAUGCUUUUCAAGACACCGACUUUCUUAUGGAAUGUAUUCUAAAUUAAACCAGUGUGUAAGGCACCA